AUGUAUAUACAACGUAUUAUUAUCAAAGGUUUUAAAACCUAUAGAAAUGAAACAAUCAUUGACGACCUGUCGCCUCACCAGAACGUGAUUAUCGGUUCUAAUGGGUCUGGUAAGUCAAAUUUGUUUAGUGCAAUUAGAUUUGUGUUGAGUAACGAUUACAGUCAUCUGAGACACGAAGAACGACAAGGUUUGAUUCACCAGGGUUCUGUGGGGAAUUCUAUCAUGAGUGCCUCCGUAGAAAUAGUUUUUCAUGACCCUGAAGGUAAGAUUCCAUUGAGCUCUUUCAAUAUUACUCCAAAGCCAAACAAUGAGAUCCACAUAAGAAGAACAAUUGGUUUAAAGAAGGAUGAUCAUCAAGUGAAUGACAGAAAUGUAAGCAGCACCGAGAUAUUCCGAAUUCUUGAGAGCGCAGGGUUCUCUAUCAAUAACCCUUACAAUAUUGUGCCGCAAGGAAAAAUUAUUGCUUUGACAAAUGCUAAAGAUAAUGAAAGAUUAAAGUUAUUAGAAGAUGUUGUAGGUGCAAAGUCCUUCGAGAUCAAGUUAAAGGCUUCGUUGAAGAAGAUGAAUGAAACUGAUUUAAAAAUGAAGGAAAUUAACAAAGAAAUGAUUGAAUUAAAAUCCAAAUUAAGUGAGAUGAAUACUGAAAAAAAUGAGCUGGAGAAAUACAAUGAUCUCGAGAGAAAUCGUAAAGUAUUACAAUUUACCUUAUACGAUAGAGAAUUAAAUAAUAUCUUAGAUCAACUUGAGAAAAUAGAUGAUGAUUAUAACGUCACGUUUGGUGAUUCAAAACAAUACAUGCAAGAAUUGGAUAAACGUGAACAAGUUGUAAGUACUGUAAACGACUCACUUCUGAACUUAGAAAAUCAAUUGAGAAUUAAGAUUAGAACUGAUCAACAACAGACUAAAGCGAUAUAUGAUGAUGUAUCCUCUAAUCUAAUCGAUUUAAGUGUUAAGAUCGCAGAUUUACAAAAACACGUUGCUAGUUCAAGUGACCAAAAUAAAAAUGAUAGCAAGUCCUUAGAGAUUAUUAAUAACGAAAUUGAUGCACGUAAGAAACGACUAGAAAAAUUGAUGCCAAGGUUUAAAGAGCUGUCAGCUGAUGAGCAGAAAUGGAGAUUUAAACUGAGCGACUUACAACAAAUAAAAAGGGAGACUCUACUGAAAAGAGGUAACUAUUCUCAAUUUACUUCAAAAGAAGGUAGAAAUAUAUGGAUCGAAACCCAAAUUAAAGAACAAUCUGAGACACUAGAAACUGCACAAGCAUCUGUACUUGAAAAUGAAGACGAAAAAGAAAAGCUUUCUAAUUUGAUGAAAAAUGUUGAAGAAGCUAUAGAUGAUCUGACAGAUUCCACAAGUGGCCCAUUAGUAUCAGCUACUUUAGAAGAGAUUUCCGACGAACAAAUUUCAUUAAAGGAGCAAUACGUCGUAAAAUUAGAUGAACGUAAAGAAAUGUGGAGAAAUGAACAGAAACUAACAACAAUACUUGAAAAUAUCUCUACAGACUUAAAGUCUUUCCAAAAAAAUGUUAAUGAGACAAUGAGUCGUGAUAUGUCUAUUGGUAUUGCUAGCGUCAGAGAAAUCGCAGAAAAAUUGGGAUUAUCCAAUGAUGCCGUAUUUGGAACAGUCGGUGAGUUGAUCAAGGUUAGUGAAAAGUACAAAGCGUGCGCCGAAGUAGUUGGUGGUAAUUCAUUAUUCCAUAUUAUAGUUGAUACUGAAGAAACCGCAUCUCUUUUAAUGGAAGAAUUGAAUAGAAUGAAAGGUGGUCGUGUAACAUUUAUCCCACUUAAUAGAAUUACUUUGGACAAUAAUUUUUCAUUACCUCCUAGUAAUCUUGAGGAUUCAAGAUCUGUACCGUUUACUCCUUUGAUCAAAAAAAUUAAAUACGCCCCUAAAUUUGAGAAUGCUAUUCAACACAUAUUUGGUAGAACUGUAGUGGUGAAGGAUCUUGUUAAUGGUUUAAAACUGGCAAAAACAUAUCGUUUGAAUGCAAUUACUUUGGACGGUGACAGAGCUGACCAGAAAGGUGUUUUGACCGGUGGUUAUUACGAUUACAAUAAAAGAAAUAGACUAGAUUCCUUAAAAAGUUUAGCUAAAACUAGGAAAGUUCACAGUCAAACUUUGCUUGAAAUGGAGGGAAUUAAGAGAAAAUUAGAAGAAACAGAUUCCACAAUCGACUCUAUAAAUGAUAAAAUGAAAAAUUUGGCUAAUAAAAAGGAAGGGCUACUAACAGAUAUUGAACAACUUCGCAUUAGAUUGAACAGUAAAAAGGGCGAACUUGCCAUUAUGCAAGAAUCAUUAGAUUCACUUGAAAUGAAGAAAGAAAAGACUCUUUUGAAUAUUGCCCAUCUCAAAAAUAGAAUCGAAACUUUACAGGCAGAUAAGGAUGUAGAUUUUGAUUCGGAAAUAUCAGAAAAAGAAAACCAAAAAUUAGAGAAUUUAACAGGUGAAAUUAAUGAUGUAGUAAAUAGGUUAGAUGUCACGAACGAGUCUUUGGAAGAGUUGACAUCAACAAUCGAUAAAAUUAAUGCUGAGUUAGAAUCCAAGCUAAAUCCACAAAAGGAUUAUCUGGCUCAACGUAUAACUGAAUCAUUACAUAUUGAUUCUGAAACGUCCAGCGAGGAGUUAGAUGGUUUAUUAUCAAAAUCGAAAGACCUCACAUAUCGUAAAGAAGAUCUUUCUAACACUUUAAAUAUUAUUCAGAAAGAAAUCGAUGAUCUAAAUGCUGAAAAAUCAAACAGUGAGAAAAUUUUAGAGAAGGCUAACUCCCAACAAAGAUUGCUUUUGGCAAAAAUAGAUGACUUCCAAAAGAGAACUGAAAAGACUAUGGUAAAAAGAUCAACUCUGAUAAGUCGUCGUGAGGAGUUGCAACAAAAGAUUAGAGAGGUUGGGUUAUUGUCAGAAGAUAUCCUGAAUAAAUUUAGUGACCUUUCGAGCGAAGAUUUGUUAGGAAAGUUAACAAACACAACCAUAGAUAUAUCGAAAUUAACAAAUGUUAAUAAAAGAGCUUUGGAAAAUUACAGAAAAUUUAACGACAAGGAGAUUGAAUUGGAAAACAGAGCUCAUGAGUUGAUGAUAUCUAAGAAUUCUAUCCAGGAUCUAAUUGAGAAGUUGAAAUCUCAAAAGACAACUGCAGUUGAUGAGACAUUUAAGAAAGUGUCAGAAAAUUUUGUCCACGUAUUUGAAAAGUUGGUUCCAAUGGGUACUGCUAGGUUGAUUAUACAGAGAAAUGAAGGACUGGAUGAUGAUUCGAUGCAAAAUAGUCCUGGGACGCAGUCUGGUUCAGCUUACAGUGGAGUUUCUAUUUCUGUUUCGUUUAACUCAAAGCAAAAUGAACAACUUCAUGUGGAACAGCUGUCAGGUGGUCAAAAGACUCUGUGUGCAAUCGCAUUAAUAUUGGCUAUACAAAUGGUUGACCCAGCUCCAUUUUAUUUGUUUGAUGAGAUUGAUGCUGCAUUGGAUAAGCAAUAUAGGGCAGCCGUUGCUUCAAUAAUAAAAGAAUUAUCUAUAAAUGCUCAGUUUAUAUGUACCACAUUUAGAACUGAUAUGCUCCAAGUGGCUGAUAAAUUCUUCAGGGUUAAAUAUGAAAACAAAAUCUCAAAUGUCGUGGAAACUAGUAGAGAUGAUGCUAUUAAAUUUAUAAGAGGUAGCAAUAAAAAUGCAGGAAUGUAG